UACCCUGCCGGAAAACUACACGAAGAAGUAGUAAACGGAAGUGAACAGUGAUCAGGAACAAUUUCCACGUUAGCGGUUUUUUGUUAUUUAGACAUUUAUUAACACCCUGGAACUCAAAAUAGGAUUAAUUUAACUGCGCAGCAUAACUUAUGUAUCCCUGGUAGUGUUUAAUUUGCGUUGAAGACAGUACUUGGUUGAUAUAGGUGAUAUAGUUCAUGAUUAGUUAGCUGCUAACGUUAGCUAACAAUGGCUACCUGUAACUCAAACGUUAUGAUUUUUCACACUCAAAUAGCCUCCGUCAUGGAGGUACUAGCGAAUGCGGCCGUUGCAGAGAUCUGUAAACUCGUAGACGACGACUAUGCAGUGUUUCGUUUAGAAAUAACUCAAAGCCAGAAAGAAAACAGGGCAUUGCGGAGGAAACUACAGCUAAUUGAACUGAAGGUGGCACGGGAGCGCGCCGAGAGGACAACGCGAGAGCGCGUCCUCGCCAGUCGUCCCAGUAGUGUCAAGAUCCUCGACCGAUACAGAGGAAUGACAAGAGGUGAAGGACAUCUCACUGGAGGCCACAGGAGCUUUGUGAAACCAACGGGACACAAAACAUGGAGAGAUGACCAACCCAUAGCUAUAGAUGAGGGGAGUGGAACCUCAAACCAGCAUGUUAUCCUGAUAGAGUCUGCAGAUGCAGAGGCUUCUAGUCCUGGAGGAUCGUCUCUGGUCAAACAGGAGAGGACUGAAGGAGAGGAGGACCCACGACACAGCAGAGACAUCCAGAUUGGAGCGGUUGGAGUGGCACCCCCUGUAGCGGCACCCCCUGUAGCCACGGAGGACUUUGCCUCCGCGGCCCAUCCUAGGGCCCAAUGCAGCAUCACGGAGGAGGAGGAGGGUCCAGAGGUGCUGCUGGUGAAGGAGGAGGGUCUGGGGAACCCUGAGGGGAACAUGGUCAUGGAGGACAACCAGAUUACACCUCCUCCUGAACCCACAGAGGAACCAGCUGAGCAGCACAGGACCACACACAGUCUCAUUGAGUCAGUAGACAUGGAGGAUGGGAAGCCUGAUCUGCUGCUGGUCAAAGAGGAGACAAUAGAAGACGAACCAGAGAGCAUUGACCUGCUGAGUGGACUAAAGAUGGGGGAGCAAGAUGGUUGGUCAGAGGCUAACAGAGGGGACUGGGCAGUCAUCUUGAAUUCCCAGACCCAGACGGGUGCAGCCAAGGGCCCGGGGGAUGACAUCAUUGAGCAGGGCAGAACCAGAGGUGACAUAGUGGAGUCUGCAGUCCAUGAAGACCUGAGGAUAUCUGGUGUUGCUGGCAGGAGAGACUGGGCCUCUGAGGUGGCUGGUCACAAACCUUGGCUCCUGAUCAGGACCCUAAAUCAGGAGCCAUCGCUCUUCCUUCCCGAGUCGGAACGGGGACCGAAUCGCGAGGGGCUGAGACUCCACCAAUACACAGAACACAACCAGUGGACAGGUGGACUGAACAACAGUCCUGGUGGUCAUCAGAGAGACAGAGGCUCCAGUCUGGGAUCCAGUCUGCAGCCCAGACCCUUCUCUUCACAGUCUCAGUGCAGGGAUAAUGCAGGGCCUGGGGCUGAUAUAGAUGGACCCUCCUGUUCCUAUGAAACAAACACCACAGUAUCCAUGAUGAACAGAGCAGGUCACCCUGAGCUUCAGCCUUCACAGAGAGUGGUGGGAGACCCCCCUGGUGAUAGUCUAACAGGAAGUCUGUCUUCUUCUUCAGGGUCUCAUCUAAUGCCUGUUGACUGGGUUCAUAGAAGUCCUGGACCUGGGUCUAGCCUUCCUCAGUUACCUCAUGGUUACCCCACCAAUACAGACAGGGUCAGGGUGGGCGUUCACCACAAGAGGUUCCUAGCCUAUAACACAGCACACAAUCCAAACAACACCCAAACAAUGGCUAGAGGUCAAGGAGGGAGCUCAAACACUAACCACCUGAGGGUGGUGGCUCCUGCUUCUACCUCCUCUGGUGUCAUUGGAUCACAACGUGGGAGGCCUAGCGUUAGCACGGACGAAGAAAAGCCAUACACCUGCCCCACAUGUGGGAAACACUUUGCUAAGGCGACCUAUGUGAAGAAGCACCAGACCAUUCACAUCAAGGAGAAGCCCUUCAAGUGCAAAUUAUGUUACAAGAGCUUCUCAUUCCUGAGUUACCUUAUCAGACAUAGGAGUGUCCACAACAGGGAGAAAUCAUAGCAUUGUGUCUUGAGAUGUACACAGGGGAUGUCUGGAAACAAUUAUUUAGCUGAAAUAUUAGAUUUCACAUGUGAAAUGUCCUGGAGUUUUAGGGGGAUUACCAAGUCCCUCAGUUGAGCAUCUGGGUAAACUCACAUUCUCACAUGAUACAGACAUGUUGUUUGGUGUGCUGGCAUAGCCAAAACACUGCCAUGUUACUGAAGUGUAACACUGUAUUCCCCCUCUGAAUUUGGUUUUGCUUAUGUUCUAUUCAUAAUAAAUAUGUCCCUAUUUGUUUUAUAACUGUUAUAAUACCCCCCCCCCCCAUACACACUCACACACACACAAUCAGGUUGUACCUGUUCCUUUAUUUACUAAAAAUCAAAAUACACCCUCUUUUUAUAACAUCUUUAUAACAAGCCAGGUCUGUUGAGAUGAAGAGGUCCAAAAACAACCUCUACUGUGUCCCUUUCCCCUAUAGUCCUCCCAUGGCACUGGGUAGUAGGUUGGAUUUCUCCAUAAUCAGAUAUUUGUCAUCCUCCCCUCUAUCAACUUUCAUCUCCCAUGUCUUUUAUGUGUAUUAUUGUUAUGCAUCUUCCAUGGUUGUAGCAAACAAUAAUGGACUUCCUCAGCCACACAAGUCAUUGCCUGACGGAUCAAACAGAAUUGUUCCGAUGAUCUAUCGUUCGCUACAUGCUUCAGUCUGAAACUGCCAUCAUUGAAGUCGUUUGUGGUGACGUCAAAAUGAGGGGUGUUUUACAAAACAAAGUCAUCAGCGAUUGGAUCAUUUCUAACCAGUCAGUGUCAAAGACAAUGAUGAAUUUUCAAAAAGCAGCUUUACCCAAUGUGUGUUCUGGCUUUGGCCCAACCCAUCAGUUUCUGGGGCCAAUCGGAACAGUUAGAAUGUGUUUGCGUUUUAGGAGUUGUCAGGGAGGUACUCCGAUCCAGACUCAUUGCGGAGCGUUUGGCAUAGCGUUUGGGUAGCCAGGCAAAACAAGUCACACUCAAAGUUAGCUGUAUUUAUACUGACGUACGUCACCAUGUCAAUAGCCUGAAGGCUUCAGGUCUUGUGAUGACUGGGGUAAAAUAUUAAACAUGAACGAAUGUGCACCUGUACUUGAGAUUGCAGAGUGACUGGAUUGCUCUUCAAACUGUUUAGGAUGGUAAUUAACCACAUGCCCCUCAUUAACCCUUUUGUUAACUUGUCAUUUGAAAUGGGUUUGCGUAAACUGUUUUCAGAGACAGGAAUCCUAGGCUCGAAGAAGGACAGUUGAAUAGUUACCUUGCUGAGGUGAUGUAAAUGGAAUAAAGUCAUACAUUUUUUGUUCUACUA